AAAUAAUCGGGAGGGAUAUUUUGGGAUUCCAUAUUUGACAUGAUCAGAGGGGUGUCCGGGGGCAAUCCUCUCUUGCCCUAGCGAUAGUAUAUAAAUAGAAGUCGGCCCAUCCUUAGCACUGUUCCUCAGCAGCUACACGCCAGCUCCCAGCUCACGAUGGUUGCCUUCUUCCAUUUCGCCCCUGUUCUCCUUCCGCUCGCUGCCACCUUCUUCUCUGUUUUCGCGCAGACUAUUCCUAGCUGCGCCCAGAACUGUGCUGUCAAAGCCCUUUCGGGCUCAAAUUGCACUUCAUUGACUGACCUCACCUGCGUUUGCAAUAACGAAAAAUUCUUCGACUCCGCUGGCGUUUGCACCCUCGAGAAUUGUAAUGCUACGGACGUUGCUCUGGCUGCUGCUGCCCAAAAACAACUCUGUACAAACUUUGCCACCACUACAUUCUCCCUCCCUCCCAGUCUCACCUCCACUAUCUCUCUCCCGACGAGCAAGCCUGGGAACUCCACCCUCAGUGGCAGCGCGACUUCCACCCACAAUGUUAACGUGACUUCCACCACCAGUCCUGGCACCGGCUCAGGCUCGAGCACCACUGCCUCUGCCCACUCAACUAGUCGGUCUGGAGCCGCUGCACCUGGUGCGAAGGUCCUCUUUGGAAGCGACCUUGUUCUCGCUCUCGUUCUUGGAGGUGUCAUGUUCGGCGCUUACGCAAUUGGAUUGUAGUGAUGAUGUGUGGCUUACGGAUUCUCGGCGCCAGUAUUUUUGUUCUUCCUUCCACCUCUUUCGUAUUUUUCUCCCAUAACCUUAUCAUUCGAAAAGUAUCCUUGUCCUUACAUUAUGUUUCGUAAUAUGAAUUCAUGUGAUGAGAAGCUUG